AUGUCUCCAUCAUCUGCUUCUGGCUCCAAGUCUUCCAGAGAGAUUACUUCGGUUCCAUCUGCAGGCUUUCUGGAAGGACUCCCAGAAGAAAGCAUCAGCCAUGGCUUUGCCAAUAUUCACAUUCACGAGCAAAUGAGAGAACGGCAACAAAAUCUCUACCAGAACAAAACUGAGAACCAGUUUUUAAUCUAUUCAAAUGUGCCAUAUGAGGUCAUUCAACAACUUGAUGAAGAUCGGAUUGUCAAGGGUUCUCGGAUUUCCUACGAUUUACAGACAAAAGCCCUUGUGAUAAAGAUCGUAGCAUCUGAGGCUCAUGAGAUGGCAAAUAGGCUCUUUGAGUUACUUUUGUAUGAUAAACUAGGCCAGAUGGGCCUACCUAACAGCCUAGAACCUCGUGGAUCUGCCAGGCGGAUCUUUGGGGAUUUUGUCAAGGAGCCGGAUAGUUCUUGGGGACCAGCUUCCCUUCUUGGAUCACCACUCGUCUUGAGUGCUGUUCUAGAGGUGGGGCUCUCCGAAUCAGCUCGCAGAAUGGAAGCUGAUUCAAGGCGAUGGAUCGAGGCGAAAGACUCCUCUGUUCGGCUUGCUAUCGCUAUGGACAUCGAUCAACGCUCCCCUAAGAUCAGUAUUGAGGUAUGGGAAAGAGUUUCUCAAUCACCUCCUCGAAAAACUCGAGCAUAUCGGGCCACUGCGGCAAAGGUUUUGCAAGUCGACAUAUCGCGUUUAAAUGGUACAACUACCGCCAAUGCGAAUUUAAUUCUUUCUUUCAGAAACCUUUUACUACGACCUGCAGACCCGGCAAAUCCUUUGGAACAUGACAUUGAUAUUACUCCACAAGAUCUUGAAAGUCUGGCAGAGGAUAUUUGGAAGGCCCAAGGAUUUAUACCUUAG